UCCCUCUUCCCUCUCCUGUUCUCUUCUUUCUCUCCUUCUCAAUUUCCAUUGAAUAUACAGAUCUACUGUCACUACUGCGCAAUUCUACAUUUAUCUUUUGUCUUUUAGAGGCAACAGCACAGGAACAUGGCGCGACAAGAGCCACUCCUGGCCUCGCGCCCGUCCUCCGAUCGUUCGUCCGUCCGCAACGCCGAGGAAGAGGACGCUCUGCUCACCGGAGAACGCACCAACCGCAAUCAGGGCCGGAGUUGGGCAUUCUGGAAGGACGUUGGUCUUUUCACAUGGGCCUUGCUGGCCACCGUCGCUGUUAUUGUUCUGUCUGUUGUCUAUCAGCACGAGGCCAGCCGAGUCAAUGAUCACUCCAAGCACCCGUGGGGCCCCGGGGGGAAGCCGACCGGCAAGCGCAACCUCAUCUUCAUGGUGUCAGACGGCAUGGGCCCGGCCAGUCUCACCAUGACCCGGAACUACAAGCAAUACACCGAAGGGCUUCCGAUUGACGAUAUUCUCGUCCUAGACCAGCAUAUUAUCGGUACCUCCAGGACGCGGUCGAGUUCCAGCCUCGUGACCGACUCCGCUGCGGGCGCCACUGCAUUCUCCUGUGGCUUCAAGAGCUACAACGGUGCCAUCUCUGUUCUCCCCGAUCACUCUCCUUGUGGGACAGUUCUCGAGGCUGCCGCACUCGCAGGCUACAAGACAGGUCUGGUGGUGACCACUCGGAUCACCGACGCGACACCAGCCUGCUUCGCUUCACACGUCAACCUUCGGCAGUAUGAAGAUCGCAUUGCGGAGCAGGAGAUUGGCGAACAUCCUCUGGGCCGGGUGGUGGAUCUCAUCAUGGGCGGGGGCCGGUGCCACUUCCUGCCCAACUCGACCGAAGGAAGUUGCCGGGCUGACGAUCGUGACCUUAUCGAGUUGGCGGAGACCAAUGGAUUCCACUACUUGAACGACCGGAAGGGAUUCGAUGCUCUGAACGGAGGCGCAGACGUGAAGUUGCCUCUUCUGGGUCUGUUCGCCGAGAAGGACAUUCCUUUUGAGAUCGACCGUCGCAGCCAGAAUGACGUGUACCCGUCUUUGGAGGAGAUGGCCCGCACAGCGCUUAAGGCUCUCAGCGAGGCUACUGCUGACAGUGACAAGGGAUUCUUCCUCAUGAUCGAGGGUUCACGCAUCGACCAUGCUGGCCAUGGAAACGACCCAGCUGCCCAGGUCAACGAGGUGUUGGCUUAUGACAAGGCUUUCGCGGCCGUCUUGGAAUUCCUUGAGAAGGACUCUACCCCUGGAGUGGUGGUGAGCACGUCCGACCACGAGACCGGCGGUCUGGCUGCCGCGCGACAGCUCCAUGCUUCCUAUCCGGAUUACAAGUGGCUUCCUGGCGUGCUAGCUAACGCUAGUCACUCAUCGGAAUACGUGAACAAGAAGCUCCAGGAUUUCCUCACCAAUGAAAGCGACUCCUCUGCACAGAAGAAGUUUGUUCGGAAAUUGCUGGAGAAGGAUCUCGGCAUUACCGAUGCCACCGAGGAGGAGAUUUGGGCCGUGCUUGACCCCGACUCACCAAUCACUCCCCAAUAUGUGUUCGCAGACAUUGUGAGCAGAAGAGCUCAGAUCGGAUGGGCGACACAUGGACAUUCGGGUAUGCGUCCACCUUGUCUUAUCGUUGAUUGAUACACUAACAAUCGCCUGUAGCUGUUGAUGUGAACAUUUAUGCUUCCUCCACGAAAGAUGCCUGGCCUCUCCUGGGAAACAACGAGAAUAUCGAUGUGGGAUCAUUCCUCACCAAGUAUCUCGAUCUUGAUUUGCAGCCCAUCACCGAUAAGCUGCAGGC